CUACCGGCGUGAUCAGGAGCGGCGUUGUACUUUUUAUCCGCCUAACUUUAAGAAUCUCAAGUACAGAACUAAAGUAAAGAUUCCAAGCAAUAACAUGGCAGAACUGAGAUUGACAAAGCCAGCACCAGAGUUCAAAGGUCAAGCUGUGGUGGAUGGAGAGUUUCAGGAUAUUUCUCUGUCAAACUACAAGGGCAAAUACCUAGUGUUAUUCUUCUAUCCUCUAGAUUUCACAUUUGUAUGCCCUACAGAAAUCAUCGCUUUCAGUGAUAGGGUAGAAGAAUUCCGAUCAAUCAACUGUGAAGUGGUGGCCUGUUCUACAGAUAGUGUAUUCUCACACUUAGCAUGGAUUAAUACUCCAAGAAAGCAGGGUGGAUUAGGAGACAUGAAGAUUCCAUUACUAUCUGACAAAAAUAUGGAGAUUAGCAAAGCGUAUGGUGUGCUAAAGGAGGAUGAAGGAGUUGCAUUUAGGGGAUUAUUCAUUAUUGAUGGUAAAGGAAUCUUACGUCAGUACACGAUGAAUGAUUUUCCCGUCGGUAGAUCUGUUGAUGAAACGUUGAGACUUGUACAAGCCUUCCAGUUCACUGACAAACAUGGAGAAGUAUGCCCUGCUGGUUGGAAGCCAGGAGCUGAUACAAUGAAGCCCAAUGUCAAAGACAGCCAAAAAUUCUUCCAGAAACACAAAUAAGAUUGAAACACUGACUUAGCAUUGAUCCUAGUCAAGUCAGUUAAUUUCUCUUCCCAGGAAAGUUUCUGCUACACAAGACAGUUAACAUAUUACAUUUAUGUUCCAUUUUCUCCAAAUGCUGCCAUCAGAUCUAGAAUUAACAGUGAAGUUCAUACUUUUUAUGAGAUUUUAAUUUUUACAUUUUUUUAGUUGCAUAUGAAUGUAGUACAUUUGUUUCUGAGUAUUUUUUUCUUCUACAGAAUAAAAAGCUGAGUUGAAGGCUUUGUAGAAUGUAUUUGACACUAAUAUUGCCUCUUUGCAAUAAAUUAAUUCUGAGCAA